AUGGGCCGGGCUGUUAUGGUUCCCUGGUCACCUCUCAGGUUACAUGGGUUCGGAUCAGAUGCUUUUUCCAUUGGUCAUCUUGUGGAAACUUCUUGCCCUCCUUUGGUUAUCCCGUCGAAAAUUGAUUUUUCUAGAGUCAUGGAUGUUGGUUCCACAAGUUCUCCUUCUCUUAGUCGUAAGCGAAAGCGACCUUUAACACCUCAUCAUUUCGAGCACUCUUUCUGUGAAGUUUCAAGCGGUCCUCGUUGUAUAUCUCCCUUUCCCUUAUUUUUUACUCCCCCGACUGUGGCUGGAGGAACUAAACAAGGCAUGUCGUAUUAUAGCUCAUGCCGAAAUGUCAUACUUACUGUUCUUGGACAGGAAGUGAAGUUUUUUGAUGGGUUAUUUAGUCUUCAAGAUAAAUAUUUUUAUGUUGAGGUUAGUUUACAGGCGACAAAAGGUAUGAAGCUUGCAGGCAAGGAAAUGUUGUUUAAAGAUGGGGAGAUGUAUGCUGAAUUGGAUGGUCGAGGCCACGAUGUUGUUGGCAGGGUUACAAUGUUGGAGAAUUAA